AUGAAGAUAAGCCCAGCAGCUAGGUCAUUUACUCUUAGUGACAAGGUACAGUUUCCAUCAUUUCUCCGGACAGCUCCAAAUGGAAUAAUGGAGACAAUCGCCACUGCUAAGCUCCUGAUAUACUUUGGAUGGACCUGGGUUGGAAUCAUAGCAUCAGAUGAUGAUUAUAGUCAACAGGGUAGCCAGAAUCUUAAGGCAGAGAUAAUUUUAGCUGGUGGCUGUGUGGCUUUCCUGGAAACCAUUCCUAAUGUUAAUUUCCAGAAGAAAGUUUCAACCAUAAUAGAUCAGAUGCAUAGUCUUUCUGUAAACACAAUUGUGGUUUAUGCAAGUAUUUCUGUAUGGCUGCCUCUGACUGAAGAAAUUGCUAAAUAUGAUACUCAUGGAAAAUUAUUUUUUAGUACCACCAGAUCAUGCACUGUGUCCAGAGAAGUGUUUAAGGAAAACAUCUGGGAUAUAGUUAAUGGUACACUAGGAAUGUCAUGUAAUGAAAAACCUGUGCCAAAUUUUCUUGAAUUUCUUUAUAAUAUUCAUCCAUCCAAAUUUUCUAACAGCCUCUUUUUUAUAAGGUUCUGGGAAAAGGCAUUCAGCUGUAAAUGGCCUUUGACUUACACUAAUAUAUCAACCAUGCCUAAGGAAGUUUUGAAUAGUGAUAUAUUCUGCAGCACUGAGGAGAAUAUUAUGAUGUUAGACCCUGCCAUGUUUGACAUAUCAAAUAUGAGAUUUGCUUACCGCAUUCACAAUGCAGUCUAUGCUAUAGCACAUGCCUUAAAUGAUAUGAUUACAUGCCAACCUGGGGGUGGGCCUUUUUUUAAUAGAUCAUGUGCUGACAAGCUGAACUUUUACCCUUGGCAGCUUCUCCAUUAUCUCAAGAAAGUAUACUUCAAAAACAAAGCUGGUGUAGAAAUAUAUUUUGAUCCAAAAGGAGAUCCUCCUACAAUUUUUGAAUUUGAAAGCCAGCAAAUAUUUCCUAAUGGCACAAUCAAGUGUAUAACUGUAGGCAACAUUGACUUCCAGGCCAGUGAUGGUGUAAAAAUCAAAAUUAAUGACAGCGCAAUUAUGUGGAAAACUGGAUAUGGUCAGGCUCCAAAGUCAGUGUGCAGUGAGCCCUGCCUUUCUGGAUACAGGAAAGCAAACCGGGCAGGUGAGCCAGUCUGUUGCUUUGAUUGUGUGCCCUGUUCCAAGGGGAAAAUUGCCAACCAAACAGGUGCCACGGAAUGCAUGCAGUGCCCUGAAGAUCUUUGGCCAGACGGCAAGAGGGAAAAAUGUAUACCCAAAAUCAUUGACUACCUUUCCUGUGAAGAUUCCCUGGGCUUCUUUCUAACUGGACUAUCCGUUUUUGCUUUUUUCAUUACUAUAUUUGUUCUUUGCAUUAUCAUUAAGUUUCGAGACACUCCAAUAGUCAAAGCCAACAACAGAACCCUCAGUUACCUCCUGCUCGUUGCUCUAUCACUGUGCUUUCUCUGUUCCCUGAUAUUCAUUGGGCAGCCCAAUGAAACUAGCUGCCUCUUGAGACAGACUGCAUUUGGCAUCAUCUUUUCCAUCUGCAUGUCUUCCAUCUUGGCUAAAACCAUCAUUGUUAUUUUUGCUUUUAAGGCCAGGAAUCCUUCUAGCAAACUACAGAUAUGGGUAGGAUCCAGAUGGUUACCAGGUUACAUUGUUGUCUCUGGUUCUCUGAUUCAGAUUAUGAUAUGCACAUUCUGGCUGUCUACUGCUACCCCAUUCCCGCAGAAAAACACAAACUCUGAAUUUGGAAAAAUAAUAUAUGAGUGCAAUGAAGGUUCUGCAUUCAUGUUCUACUGCAUGUUGGGAUAUCUAGGGCUUCUGGCAAUUGUUUGUUUUCUACUUGCAUUCUUAGCCAGAAAUUUGCCUGACAGAUUUAAUGAGGCAAAAUAUAUUACUUUCAGCAUGCUUGUUUUUCUUAGUGUCUGGCUUUCAUUUAUCCCAGCAUACCUGAGCACAAAGGGAAGAUAUAUGGUUGCUGUAGAGAUAUUUGCCAUACUGACUUCUAGUGCUGGCUUAAUUAGCUGUAUAUUUAUUCCCAAGUGCUUCAUUAUUUUGCUAAAACCAAAUAUGAACACCAAAGAAAAGUUAAGUGGAAGAUAA